AUGGAUAUCUCAAAUUUGCUGGCAGAUUUUGGUUAUACUACUACCGCUCUUGAUCCAUCUAGAUCUUCAAUAUCAUCUAUAUCAAAUUCUUCUCCUCCAACUCCAAUUGCAUUACCUCGUCAAGAACCAUCCUUUUCAACUAUAUAUCAAAAUUUGUUAACAUCAUUAACUUAUUCAUCAUCAUCAACUACUUCAAUUCCAAGUCCUACUCAUAAUGAUAAAUCAAUCAUUAGCUUACAUCAACAUGCAAAUGGAUCUCGAUCACGAUUAUUAAUGACUGAAUCAGGGGAUUUAAGAUUUUAUGGUAAAACAUCACCUAUAUCAUUCUUAAAUGAAUGUAGAAAUUAUUUUGCAUCAAGUGUUGGUACUUCUAAAUUUUCCAAAAUCCCAAGUCAAGAAACUUUACAAAGACAACAACAACAAAUGUUAAUUACAGAUGGAAUCUCUGAUCCAAGAUCUAUUUCCAUUCCAGAUGAAGAAACUUGUGAUAUGUUAAUCAAUAUCUUUCAAGAAAAUAUUAAUAAUGUUUAUUAUGUCUUUGAUAUGGAAUAUUUUAAACAAACUAUUUUCAGACCCGUUUUCAACAAUGAUGAUACUUUAGAUCCCCUUAUUAAAGAUAAAUUAUUAUGUCUUGAAUAUAUGGUGUUUGCUAUAAGUACAUUAUUCAUCAAAUUUAAAGAUGCUAAUCAAUUAACUCAUUUGAAUUUAUUACAACCUCAACAAUAUUUACAAGCUUGUGAAACUCUUUUACAAAAUCAUCCUCAUAAGCAUGAUGAUAAGUUAUGGAUUGCCGAAUAUCAUUUGUUAACUUACUUCUAUUAUAUCUCCUGUUGUAAUAAAGGAUCAUCAUGGAUUCAUUUAGGUAUUUCAAUCAGAAUUUGUCAAGCACUUGGAUUAUAUGAUAAUAAAACUAAUAACCAAUUUGCCAAUGUGAAUUAUAGUUUACAUAGAAAGAAGAUAUGGAGAUCAAUAUUCAUCUGUGAUAGAAUUUGCUCUAUAACCUUCGGUCGUCCAUUAACCAUCAAUGUUGAUCAUGGCCCUCGCUUAAUCAAUGGUAAAGUGGAUGAUUUACAAGAUCAAUUUCAAUAUAAUUUAUAUUUGAUCUCAUCUAUUAAUGGAUCCAUCAUUGAAAAAAUUUAUAGAGAUGAUGAAUCCAUUUCAAUCCCUGUUCUUAAUCAAUUAUGUCAAGAUUUAAAUGAUUGGUAUUUGAAUUUAUCCCCUCAAUUGAAAUUAAAUUGGGAUAAUCCUGAUGAUUUCACCAAUAUUUCAAAAGUUUUCCUUCAUUUAAAUUAUCUUUUUGGAAUUAUAAAUUUAGGCAGGCCUAUAUUUAUGAAUUUUAUAAAUUCACCAACUUUAACUCAUACCAAUGAUAUGGUGAUUCAUUUCAUGAAAUUAACCAUUAAAGCAUCUUAUUUAUCCCUUCAUUUGAUUAAAUCUUAUUUAUCUUCCAAACCUGAUCGUAAUGAGAAUUUCUUAUUGAUCACAGUGGGACUUUAUUCAUCAUUGAUUUUGGGGGUUACAACUUUAAAUCAAAGACAAUUGGUUAAAUUUGAUGAUGAAUAUAUUAGACUUUUAUCAGAAGCUAUCAUGAUUGGUAAAGAUGUUCUUGCUAGUAUUGGUAAAUAUGAUAAAGUUUCAAGACAUUGGUCAACUGUGAUUGGUCAUUCAUUAGAUUGUUUGAAACAACCACUUAUAAAUCAAGGUGGUGAAGAAUCAGAUUCUAAAACUAAUGGUAUUGAUAUUUCAUAUUCCUUAAUCAAUAUUAGAUUCUAUGAAGAUGAAACUAGUUUCGGCUGGGGUUCAUUGCCUACACCACAAAUAUCAUCAUCAUCAUAUGAGUUUGAAGAUGAUGGAGUAUCAUCAUUUAGUGAAGAAUAUGAUGAUGAGAAUUUAUCAGAUGAUGAAACUCAAGUUAAAGGAGCUGAGAUUGAGUAUAUGACUUUACUUCAAACUAAUAAAAUCACCAAUGCUUGUAUUCAAGAUUUAUUUACUUUAACAGGUUAUGAAGGUAUCGUUGAAGAUUUCAGUAAUAAAGUGAAUAAUGAAUUUAUUAACACUGUGAAUACCAAUAUCACACGAGCUUUUGGAGUUUCAUCUGAAUCACCCACAUCACCUGAAAUCGAUCAUUUUGGAUCACUUAUGUCAACCACUACUAAUGCUACAUUAGCUGAAGCUACAAAGCCUACACCAGGCAAUGAUUUAGAAGCAUUUAGAUACGAUUUUAAUGAAGUAUCAUGA